AUGUCCAUCCUCUCCAAGUCGUUCGCCCUUUUCCUGCUCGUCAGUACCAUCGUCGUCUCUGUCGAAGGCAAUCCUACCCCCACCAUUACAAUCGGGUAUCGUGUGGUCCCAAAGACCGUAGCCGCGGCAUACCAGAAGAACGGCAACAAACUCGACUUUGCGAUCAAGGCCAACGGGGAGCAAAUCGGUCCUGGUGCCUACGUCUCUCCAGCUCCAGGAGAGUGGCCCGGCGAGAUGCAAUGCUUCAUCACGGCCAACAGAGCCGAGUGGACCAAGGCUCCCAAGGUCUGGGUCCCGCAGGUCGCAAUCGAGUCGAUCAACAACGGCAAGGCCAUGUGCGGCACCCCACUCUUUUGGCAGAAGAACGCCGCCAACCGGGAGGCGUACGUCAAGAAGAAGGGCGCCACCCCUGGGAGCACCGUCUUGUUCUCGCACAUCGAGCUUGAUCCAAAGAAGGCACCUGGGCCUAACUUGCAGAUGGUCAUCCCCCCGGCAGUUGGCCAGGACCCCAAGUACGACAUCCGCGUCUACUGCUUCCCUCAAGGAGACCCCAAGAUACCAAAGGAGCGUGUGUCUUGGGAAUCCUGGGGUAUCAAGGAUUUCGGUCAAGAGUGCGGUCCUCAAUCUGGCGGCUCCUCAUCACGAAGUCCUUCUCCGGCUGGGAGCGGAAGGAGCUCAACACCCCCACCCAAGGCUGGUUCCCAUCAUUCGGCUUCACCAAAGUCUGGCUCCAGGUCGCCAUCGCCCAGCCCCAGCAAGAAGAAACGCGACUUGUCGUCGUCUCUCGAUUUGGAAACCCGGGCUAUGCUCGCUUUGGAGAGACGCGCCCUGCAGCGACGCGCAUUGAGGCGUGCUCUAGAAGACGAGCUCUACAAUUGA